AUGAGACUCCCACCUCUACCCAACGAAAUUGUGGUAGAAAUACUGGAAUGUGUCGCAUCUAUGCUCACUGUCGCCGACCUAUCAAAGCUCUCCCUCAUUUGCAAGGCUUGGUACCCCAUCGCGCAAUCAAUCCUCUUAAACUCAGUGAUGAUAACACCCAGAAAUAUCGCUCGACUCUUCAGCGCCAUCGGUGAACACCCUCACUUUUAUCCUCUUAUCCGGAAUCUUGACUCCCGAAACCUGCGAGCUUCGUCUCUGGAAGGGUUUCAAUCACUCCGAGCCUCAAGCAAGGUCUUAUCUCUGACUCUGCGAAGUCAUCUGAUAGACGAAGCACAAGAGAAUAUCUUCGUCGCCUCGUUCCCUCACCUACAGGCACUUUCCAUCAAACAUGGUGAUAUCCACUCGGGCUUUGGGAGCCUCGCCCGCCUGAUAGACUCAUUCCCCAACCUUAAGUCUCUUACUUUGGAGAACGUUCAUUACGACGAGGGGUGUCGCUCGACUUACCACAACGUUACGAUGUCCCUGCGGUCAAUCCAUUGCUGUUUGGGACCCCGUGUUAUGGAUGAGCUACUUCAAUGGCUGAUGUCGGAGAACUCGAUGUCACCGAUAGAAUACAUAUUUCUCGGAUCCGUCGCCUCCGCGUAUGGGAAGCUACCCAAUUGCAUGCCGCUGUUCUUGUCUAGGCUACGCGGUGUGAAAAGCGUGUGGCUCAAACUCAGCACGAUGUGGGACCCGCCACCCCUUACAUUCGCUGAGAACACACAGCUCGAAAUCAUCCAGUUUGAUUUCGAACUCUGGGGUUUUAAUCUGUCAAAAUGGGUCUCCUUUCUCUCGACAGUCUUUUCAUCUAUAACGUCUGUGUCCGUAGGCACUAUCCUGAUUAUCAUACGGAUGCCGGGUAGCUGCCAGCCAAACUUCGAUUGGGAGGACUUGGGAGACAUUUUGAAGUCUCCGACGUUCGCGAGUCUUCGCAAGAUCUCUAUCCUCUACUCCCGACCGCACGUCGCUGGAGAACCGCUCCACUUAGAGCAGUUGGAAGACGAUAUCCGCCAGGCGUUCGCACAUCUUGAGGCUAAGGGUGCCUUGACCGUCAGGUGA